AACUCUCGCGAUGUUUCCGUGCUUUGUGAACAGCCUCUCGGUCUGGACACAAAUAAGCUGCUUGCGCAUCUCAGCUGACGCGGCGGGAACGGGGUGAGCUCGAGACCCUGGCGGAGGGUGUCAACAUGGGGAAGUGGAGGUGGUUCCGUGUCUCUCUGGUUCUGGGUUCAGUCUUUAUGAUCCUGUUGAUUAUUCUCUACUGGGACGACGUUGGAGCCUCUCACCUCUACCUGCCCCCCCUCUCACCCCGGCCCGCCCCUCACCACUCCCCCACACACCCAACCCCCUCCUUCCUCUCCGACAUCAAUGCCUUCGUAAACCAGUUCCUGGAGGGAACCAAUGAUCCUACAGAUCCGCCCCCAGACUCUGCCAACCAAUCAGAGCACGCUGAGGAGCGGUACAUUCCCCGGAGGGAGUGGAAAGUCCAUCUGACGCCCAUCGACCCCGAGAAACGACUAGGACAGGAGAGAAGGCGGCAGCGUCUCCAUGACCUCUGUCACCAUGGUGAUGACCUGGCUUUUCCGGGGAAGAACCGUUCGUUUGACGACAUCCCCAACAGGGAGCUGGAUCACCUGAUCGUCGACGACCGCCACGGUAUCAUAUACUGCUACGUCCCCAAGGUGGCGUGUAGUAACUGGAAGAGGAUCAUGAUCGUGCUCAGUGAGAGUCUGCUCCAGGAGGGAGUUCCGUACAGGGACCCUCUGGCGGUUCCUCAGGAGAUGGUCCACAACAGCAGCCUCCACUUCACCUUCAACAAGUUCUGGAAACGCUACGGGAAGUUCUCACGACACCUGAUGAAGGUGAAGCUCCAGAAGUACACUAAGUUCCUGUUUGUCAGAGAUCCGUUCGUCCGCCUCAUCUCAGCGUAUCGGAACAAAUUUGAGCAGCCCAACGAGGAGUUCUACCGCCGAUUCGCUCUGCUCAUGCUCCGUCGCUAUGGUAACCACUCUGAACCUCCCGCGGCAGUGGGCGACGCGUUUCCUGCGGGAAUCCGCCCCUCCUUCUCAGAGUUCGUCCAAUACCUACUGGACCCCAAGACGGAGAGCGACGCCCCCUUCAACGAGCACUGGAGACAGGUCUACCGGCUAUGCCACCCCUGUCAAAUACAGUAUGACUUUGUGGGUCAGCUGGAGACGGUUGAGGAGGAUGCUGAACAGCUGCUGAGGGUUUUGAAGGUGGACAACGUGGUUGACUUCCCCCCCUCUCACAGGAACCACACGGCCAGCAGCUGGCAGGAGGACUGGUUCAGCAGGGUGCCCCUAGUGGCCAGGAGGGGUCUCUACAGGCUGUAUGAACCAGACUUCAGACUGUUUGGCUACUCCAGACCAGACUCCCUGCUAGACUGACUGACUACAACUACACUCAGAAAAAGGCUUUUCUAAAAGGGCUCUUUUCUUGUCCCCAUAGGAGAACCCUUUUUGGUCCCAGGUAUAACUUUUUGGUGGUGAAACAGGUUCUACUUAGAACCUUUUAGUGAUGGAACUGUUCCACGUAGAACCUUGAAUUAAUUAAACCGUUCUACUUGGAACCAAAAAUAGCUAUUGUCAGUGGGUUCUCCUAUGGGGAAAAUCGAAGAAUCCUUUAUGGUUCCAGGUUGAACAUUCUUUUCUAAGACCAGCCAGACCAGAGUGCUGCAUCUUCUGCUCCUGUUCUAGACUCAGCAGGAGAACAGAGGAAAGUUAGAGUUAGGUUCAAUUUCCUUUGGAGAAGACUUGGACUCCUGACUGCUGGAACCCUGGUGGCUUUGAUGGCAUCAUGGAACCCUGGUGUCUGUCAUGUCAUCAUGGAACCCUGGUGUCUGUCAUGUCAUCAUGGAACCCUGGUGUCUGUCAUGUCAUCAUGGAACCUUGGUGUCUGUCAUAUCAUCAUGGAAACCCGGUGUCUGUCAUGUCAUCAUGGAACCCCGGUGUCUGUCAUGUCAUCAUGGAACCCUGGUGUCUGUCAUGUCAUCAUGGAACUCCGGUGUCAUUAUGGAACUCCGGUGUCAUUAUGGAACUCCGGUGUCAUCAUGGAACCCCGGUGUCAUCAUGGAACCCCGGUGUCUGUCAUGUCAUCAUGGAACCCUGGUGUCUGUCAUGUCAUCAUGGAACCCCGGUGUCAUCAUGGAACCCCGGUGUCAUCAUGGAACCCCGGUGUCUGUCAUCAUGGAACCCCGGUGUCUGUCAUGUCGUCAUGGAACCCCGGUGUCUGUCAUGUCGUCAUGGAACCCCGGUGUCUGUCAUGUCGUCAUGGAACCCCGGUGUCUGUCAUGUCGUCAUGGAACCCCGGUGUCUGUCAUGUCGUCAUGGAACCCGGAUGGAACCCUGGUCACUACUGAUCAUCCUAUGAGGAGUUGGACUGUUUGGGAAUUCGUUGUUUUCAAGUUGUUUUUAAUGUUCACUUAUUUUCCAGCAUUAAAGUUAAGCAUGAAAGGGAUUUUUUAUGUUUUAUGUUUUAAUGUGGAAAGGAAAUGCCUUGUUUCACAGUGACUGAUGUCAACAUUAUCACCCUUCUAUAAGGAAGCCAUCAGGACCUGAGGAGUUGUAGGGUUAUGUUGAAGGGAAUGAUUUUCUGAAACAAACCCAAUGGGUGUGCUACUACUGGAAGCAUGGGGAAACAUGUUACAACAUGUUACCGUAUAAAAAGAGGAAGACAAGGAUAGACAGGAGGUUGGGGUUAGACGGGGUUAGGGUUAAACAGGAGGUUAGGGUUAAACAGGAGGUUAGGGUUAGACAGGGGGUUAGGGUUAGACAAGGGGCAGGGUUAAACAGGAGGUUAGGGUUAGAGUUAGACAGGGUUAGAGGGUUCAAGUUAGACGAGGUUAGAGGUUUAGGGCCUUUGGUUAGAAUGAAAAUGAAAAGUUUACACAGCAAAGUAUUUUUGUAAAUAAUUUUUUUAACUCAUUUUUCAAAUAUACAGAACAUCUGUAUAUUUGAGGUCUUAAAGGGAUGACCUAUCUAUCGGGCUUAAAGGGAUGGUGUCAGUGUUUUAUGUACCUUGCUGAUGCUAUGUAAUAGGGUUGUAUAGGGGUGUGCACAAUGAUAGUCUGUGUUUACUGUGAACUGUUGUCUGUUAUUUCAUGAUAAUGAUCUGUGCCACAAACCUCGUCAUUCACAGAGUAGAAUUUACAUGUUGGGUUAGAGUGUUUCCAUCUGACAGUACAUCAACAGGAUUGUUCUAGAAUCCCUUAGAGCAGAAUAAUCAUGUUGUUCUAGAAUCCCUCAGAGCAGAAUCAUCAUGUUGUUCUAGAAUCCCUCAGAGCAAAAUCAUCAUGUUGUUCUAGAAUCCCUCAGAGCAGAAUCAGCAUGUUGUUCUAGAAUCCCUCAGAGCAGAAUCUUCAUGUUUCUCUUCUAUACAGAAUGACUAACAUUAUUCUGAUGUGGGUCCAUGUCUUGAUUUCAGUACUCUAGUUUUAUUGGAUUUCAGAAUGAUGUAUAUUUCAUCAGGAUAUCAUGUGAGAAAUAUAAACUAAGGCAUGAACCAA